UUCAUUUCCUGCAAUGGGAGAAGAGUUGUAGAAUAUAUAUUCUGUAUGUCUGCAGUGGUAAUUACAGUUGGUAUGUAAUACUACUGUCCAGCAGUUAAGAUUUAAUAUUAAAAAAAAACAAUGCUGGUAACCUGAUGGGGCGAACCAGCUGUCGUGGCUUAGAGGGCGAAUCUCAGGAGCUCAGUCACAAACCAGGACGGGACUGCGAGAUGGCAACCCUGAGAGUGAGAGUGGAGGAGAGCGUUUUCGCGGUGGAGCGGGCCACCCUGGUGCGGGACUGCGAGUACUUCCGAGCGCUUUUCCGGUCGGGAAUGCGAGAGUGCCAGCAGGAGGAGGUUCAUGUGAAGGGACUGCGCGCCCGAGGGUUCCUCAUCGCACUCGGCGUUCUCAGAGGUGAGAGACCCAUCCUGACCGGCGAGGAGAUAAUCGAAGUCGCGGAGUGUGCCGCGUUCCUCCAGGUGGCCCCGCUCGAGAAACACCUCAUAAACAUAAUUAACUCCGAUAACUGCCUGCUCAUGUAUCACACUGCAGCCACGUAUGGCCUGUUAGACCUUUACCACAGUGCGGCAUUGUUUAUCCGAGACAUGUAUCGCGACCUAGAAGAUGAUGCAAAAUGUUUACCUGAGGAGCUUUUAGACUAUGUGGAGUCCCUGGCUCCCAGCACAUAUGUGACGGUAGGCACACACUCUCCAACUAUCGAGCUGCUACAAGACUUCGUAAGGACAGUUUGCUACUUAGAUGAGGAUGAGAAGGAGUGGAAGGUGUUAACUGACUUGCCUAUUGAUGCCAGCACCACCAUGGCUGGAGUGACUGUCCUUGACAACAAGCUGUACAUCGUUGGAGGGGUGCGUGAUGUGAGUAACCAGGUGGUGGUAUCCUGCUACUGCUAUGACCCUGAAACCGACACCUGGACCACAUUCUGCAGCCCUCGGCAGCUUCGCUACAACUUCACUCUGGUGGGACACGAGGGAUACCUUUACGCCAUUGGUGGAGAGUACGAGAGAACAACCAUGUCAUCGGUGGAAAGGUACCAAGUCUCUACUGGCAACUGGUCCUUUGUGUCCCAUUUACCUCGGCCAGUAGCUGGUGCGGCAUGCGCUAAAGCCAUGAGCAGGAUAUUUGUGUGUCUGUGGAGGCCCAUGGAUGCCACGGACAUCUAUGAGUAUGUUCCUGUCAGAGAUGAGUGGGUGCUCGUUACGACACUGAUACGGCACCAGAGCUACGGUCACUGCAUGGUGGCUCACAGAGACAACCUUUAUGUGAUGCGGAACGGGCCCUCGGACGACUUCCUGAGGUGCAUGAUGGACUGCUACAACCUCACCACUGGCCAGUGGACAGCCAUGCCCGGGCAGUAUGAGAACAGCAAGGGCGCUCUCUUCACCGCUGUCGUGAGGGGUGACUCCGUGUUCACGGUCAACCGCAAGAUGACUCUGGAAUACAUUAUUGAGGGAAAGAAAUGGAAGCCAAAGAAAGAAAUGAAUGGCUUUCCCAGAAUUGGCUCUAUGUGGACAUUUUUACUGAGACUGCCAAAGACGGGCAGGCAGCCAGAGGGUCAAAGAGUCCUAAAUGGCAAUGGGCGGGAUUUAAAGAACCAUGUCUAUCAUCACCAGUCGUAUGCUUUACAAUGUUCUGAUUGAUAUGUACUGUAAACUAUUCACACAAUGAAGAGUCUGUAUUUUAUAAGCUGGCAUCACUGUUACAAUUAAAGAAAACAAUAUGCAGGAGGAUAGUUUUAACAGAUGCAAAGGAGAAUGAACUAAUCAAAAAGGUAAGAGAGACAACAGAAGAACUGUUCUUAUUGCUGUCAUAUAUUCUGCAAAAACUUCAUUGAAGAUGAAAGUGAUAUGGACAGAUGUAUCUGUACCAAUAAUGACAUUCAGCCAGGAAAGAUUUAAUUUCAUUAGAAAUGUCCUCUAUUAACUUAGUUUUGGCCCUAGUUUUCCCCCUUAGAACAUAUG